AAGCCGGUAGACCGAAUAUGUACAUGAUAUAAAAGGAAAUCAAAAGGUAAAGAAAGUAGUUGCGAGUUGUACUGAUAUGGAGCUAGUAGAAAUGGCCGCAUACGCCGCCCUCUUCCUGGUGUCGGCGGCGCUGAGCCGCUCUAUUCUGAGGAGCAAGCUGCGGCGGCAUGCCCCCGGGCCCUUCCCCCUCCCGAUCAUCGGGCACCUCCACCUCCUGGGGCCUCGCCUCCACCAGAGCUUCCACGAGCUGUCGCAGAGGUACGGGCCGCUAAUGCAGCUGCGGCUGGGGUCCAUCAAGUGCGUGGUGGCGUCGUCGCCGGAGCUGGCGAAGGAGUUCCUGAAGACGCACGAUCUGGUGUUCUCGUCGCGCAAGCACUCGACGGCCGUGGACAUCGUCACCUACGACUCCUCCUUCGCCUUCUCCCCCUUGGGGCCCUACUGGAAAUUCAUCAAGAAGCUCUGCACUUACGAGCUCCUCGGCGCCCGCAACCUCCUCCAUUUCCAGCCCGUCCGCACGCUCGAGGUCAACACGUUCCUGCAAAUUCUGCUGCGCAAGGGAAAAUCGGGGGAGAGCUUCAACCUGACGGAGGAGCUGGUGAAGCUGACGAGCAACGUGAUAUCGCACAUGAUGCUGAGCAUACGGUGCUCGGGGACGGAGGGGGAGGCGGAGGCGGCGAGGACGGUCGUUCGGGAGGUCACGCAGAUCUUCGGGGAGUUCGACGUAGCCGACAUCAUCUGCUUCUGCAAGAACUUCGAUUUCCAAGGGAUCAGGAAGAGAUCCCAGGAUAUCCGGAGGAGGUACGAUGCUUUGCUCGAGAACAUCAUCACCCUCAGGGAGAACCACCGCCGCUCCGCCGCCGCCGCCGUGCCUAGGGAUUUUCUCGACAUGUUUCUCGAUAUAAUGGAGAGUGGCAAGGCGGAAGUCACAUUCACAAGGGACCAUCUAAAAGCUUUAAUUCUGGAUUUUUUUACCGCCGGCACGGACACGACGGCGAUUGUCUCGGAAUGGGCAAUAUCGGAACUGAUUAACAAUCCUAGCGUGCUGAAGAAAGCUCAAGAUGAGAUCGCAAAAGUGGUGGGAUCAGAGAGAGUUUUGCAUGAAUCUGAUGGGCCAAAGCUGCCGUACCUGCAGGCCGUAAUCAAGGAAACCUUCCGACUACAUCCUCCGAUCCCGAUGCUGGCGAGGAAAUCGAUCUCCGACUGCGUGGUCGACGGCUACACAAUUCCUUCGAACACACUGUUGUUCGUGAACCUGUGGUCGAUGGGCAGGGACCCUAAGAUCUGGGACUGCCCUGAGGUGUUCCGGCCGGAGCGGUUUCUGGAGAAGGCGAACGCCAGCAUCGACAUCAAAGGGCAGCAUUUCGAGCUGCUGCCGUUCGGCACGGGCAGGCGGGGCUGCCCGGGGAUGCUUCUCGGAAUUCAGGAGGUGGUCAUCAUAAUCGGGUCUAUGAUCCAGUGUUUCGACUGGAAACUGCCUCAAGGCACCCGCGCCAUCGACAUGGCGGAGCGAUCGGGGCUCACGGCGCCCCGGGCCUACGAUUUGAUCUGCCGCGUGGUGCCGCGGAUCGAUCCCACGCUUGUUUUCGGCGCGCUGCCUGAUUCGGUUUAGCUACUGUACGUUUGUUGCUUUAAUUGUGUGUUGUUUGCAAGACUACUGAGUUGAUUAACCACCAAAAAGGUUUCAAGUUUGAAUAAAUUAAUUUUAAUGUCA